GACAAUGGCCUAGCCAGUGCUUGGCAGCAGCUUUGCUGCUAUAAAUUUACACUUAUUUGCGUUCAGACUGCUCAUCCUUCUUUCACUUCGAUCUACUUUCUCAAAGAAACCCUAAAUUUUGCUUUGGAGAUCCGAUAUCGAAUGGAUCCUUGCAAGUUCACGCCAUCAAGCUCUUACGACACGACCUACACCACCACCAACGCGGGCGGACCGGUUUGGAAUGACGACCAAGCCCUUACCGUCGGUUCAAGAGGCCCUAUAUUGUUGGAGGACUAUCACUUGAUAGAAAAGAUCGCUCACUUCGCACGUGAGCGUAUCCCCGAGCGUGUGGUGCAUGCACGUGGGGCGAGCGCCAAGGGCUUCUUCGAGUGCACUCACGAUGUGACCAAUCUAACCUGUGCGGACUUUCUUCGUGCACCGGGAGUUCAAACUCCGGUCAUAGUUCGCUUUUCUACUGUCAUUCACGAGCGUGGUAGCCCAGAGACUAUUCGCGAUCCCCGUGGCUUCGCUGUAAAAUUCUACACUCGUGAGGGUAAUUGGGAUCUCCUAGGCAACAACUUUCCAGUCUUCUUUAUUCGUGAUGGUAUAAAGUUCCCUGAUGUCAUCCACGCCUUCAAACCUAAUCCAAGAUCUCACAUUCAGGAAUACUGGCGGGUGUUCGACUUCCUCUCCCACCUCCCGGAAAGCCUCCACACCUUCUUCUUCCUCUUCGACGAUGUGGGCGUCCCCAGCGAUUACCGACACAUGGAGGGAUUCGGCGUCAACACUUACACUUUCAUCAACAGGGCGGGCAAAUCCCAAUACGUGAAGUUCCACUGGAAACCAACAUGCGGCGUUCGCUGCCUCCUCGAAGACGAAGCCGCCGCCGUCUGCGGCCGCAAUCACAGCCACGCUACUCAGGACCUCUACGACUCCAUCGCCGCCGGUUCCUACCCAGAGUGGAAGCUCUUCGUUCAGGUUAUAGAUCCAGAUCAAGAGGACCGUUACGACUUUGAUCCCCUUGACGACACCAAGACAUGGCCGGAGGACAUCCUCCCGCUCCAGCCGGUUGGCCGGCUUGUGCUCAACCGGAACAUCGACAAUUUCUUUGCAGAGAAUGAGCAACUAGCGUUCGGUCCAGGUCUCGUUGUUCCAGGAAUAUACUACUCGGAUGACAAAAUGCUUCAGUGCAGAGUAUUUGCUUAUGCGGAUACGCAGAGGUAUCGUCUUGGGCCAAAUUAUCUGAUGCUGCCGGUCAAUGCGCCCAAAUGUGCUUUUCAUAAUAAUCAUUAUGAUGGCCCUAUGAACUUCAUUCAGAGGACUGAGGAGGUGGAUUAUUACCCUUCAAGGCAUGCUCCUCUAAGGCAUGCCGAGAGAGUCCCGAUUCCAUCUCGCCCGCUCACAGGAAAGCGUGAGAAGAUUAUAAUUCAGAAACAGAAUGACUUCAAGCAACCAGGGGAGAGAUACAGAAGCUGGGCGCCUGAUAGGCAAGAGAGGUUCAUCCGUCGCUGGGUUGAGGCAUUGGGACAUCCUAAAGUUAGCUAUGAGCUCAGGAGUAUUUGGGUCAACUAUCUGGCCAAGUGUGAUACUACUCUGGGGCAGAAGGUUGGCAACAAUCUCAAUGUGAAGCCAAACAUGUAAGAUUAUUCUAUGUGAGUAGACGUACUGAGUACCUAAUAAAGCUAUCUUUAUAAUUUAUGGAGAAUAUGAGCUUCUUCAGCAGCUUAGAAUAAGGCUGAGUUCUUUGUGGCCAUCUUGCUCAUAUAAGAAAGCUUCAAUGCUUGAAGGUUAAUUUGUUAAGUGUUGCUCUUGUGGUGUUUGAUCAACGGAUAAUCUUGUAAUCAAUCAUGUAAAUUAUCACUGGGCAAAUGUAUUUGAGCGCAGAUGUUGGAUUAAUGAAUGAUGAUUUAUAAUAUGUAUAUGAGGAUUGUAA